AUGGCGCGGCUAGAGCCAGAUUCGAACUUCGUCUUCGAGACGUCAGAGGACUGUCAGGUCCUGCCGACUUUCGACUCGAUGGGCUUCAAGGAAGACCUUCUCCGCGGAAUCUACGCGUACGGGUUCGAGCGCCCCUCGGCUGUGCAGCAGCGAGCCAUCGUGCCGAUCAUGAAGGGCCGCGACGUGAUUGUGCAGAGUCAGUCGGGUACGGGUAAAACCUGCGUCUUCUGCCUGGGCAGCCUCCAGUGCAUCGACCCGAAGGUUCGGGACCCGCAGGCACUCAUUCUCAGCCCCACCAGAGAACUUGCCGAGCAGUCCCAGAAGGUCUGCUUGGCUCUUGGAGACUACAUGUCUGUCCAGGUCCAUUGCUGCAUUGGCGGCAAGCGCGUCGGCGACGACAUUCGCGCGCUGGAGGCCGGAGUGCACAUCGUCUCCGGUACGCCCGGUCGCGUGUUUCACAUGAUCGCUCAGAGACACUUCAGCACGCGACACAUCAAGCUUCUGGUUCUCGAUGAAGCCGACGAAAUGCUGAACCGCGGCUUCAAGGAACAAGUCUACGACAUCUACCGCUACCUCCCCCCCGCCACCCAAGUCGUGCUCGUGUCUGCGACGCUGCCCCACGAGGUCUUGGAAAUGACAACCAAGUUCAUGGACGAUCCGUUCCGCGUGCUGGUCAAGCGUGAUGAAUUGACGCUGGAAGGCAUCAAGCAGUUCUUCGUCGCAGUCGAGCGCGAGCAGUGGAAAUUCGACACCUUGACGGAUCUGUACGACACACUCACCAUCACACAGGCCGUCAUCUUCUGCAAUACCAAGGCGAAGGUUGAGUGGCUCGCGCAGAAAAUGAAGGAGGCGAAUUUCACGGUCAGCCGCAUGCAUGGUGAUAUGCCGCAGCAAGAACGUGACGAAAUUAUGAGGCAGUUCCGAGGCGGACAAAGCCGCGUCCUCAUCGCCACCGAUGUGUGGGGUCGUGGACUCGACGUGCAGCAAGUUUCCCUCGUUAUCAACUACGACUUGCCCAACAGUCGUGAGCUGUACAUCCACCGCAUUGGUCGUUCCGGUCGUUUCGGUCGCAAGGGUGUGGCAAUUAACUUCGUGAAGAACGACGAUAUUCGCAUUCUCCGAGAUAUCGAGCAGUACUACGCCACACAGAUCGACGAAAUGCCAAUGAACGUCGCAGACCUCAUCUAA